UCAUUCUGGCUGCGCAGUCUUAAUUGUGUCUACCAUGAGAUACCAGCUACGAGCUGCGGACGCUUAAUUGAAAUUGAAACGGUUUGUUUGCUUUUAAAACGCAAAUACUCUUGGUUGGGAAAACACGGAUUGUAGAUAAUAGUCUAAAAGUACGCGAGAUUUUCAGUUUAUAUUUUUCCUUUUGGAAUCGUUUAGUGUGCGAUUUAAACAAGAGUUAUUCAAAAUAAAGUGUGUUUUGUGGGCAAAUACAUACAAAUAUAUGCUUGUAUAUGCAUAAGAUAUUGUUUAAAAAUAUGUUUAAAUCAAAAUAAAAUCUAAUUUUCAUACAUAUUCAAAUGUUUAUACCAUAUAUUAUUUAAAUAAUCGAUGUGCACUAAGCGUGUGCCUUAGAAAAGCGUAAAACCGUUAAUAAAAAAAUAAUUAGACUUUUUAUUAUUAAAAUUAGUCUUUAUUUGUUGAAUCUGCUUUGACAUCGGAAACCUAACAAUAAAUAUUAACAUCUUAAACUAAACUAAUUAAACUUGAAUGAAAACAUUUCUCUGAUAAAUAAAAAAUGAAGAAGUGUUUGUAAAUGAAAGAAGUAGUAAAUUGGUUAAAUUAAUUCAUAAAAAGUGAAAUGAAAAUGUUUUUAAAAUUGUGGUUGCUUAUAUGCGCGACUCAGCUUGUUAUCAUUAAAGCUACCUAUGAUCCCGAUCGUACAGGCAUCAAAACAAGGACCUAUCAUCGAGAUCCAGACUACACAAAUGCUGAGCAAGAACCAUAUACCAAUACACAGCCAUAUGAUAACAGACCUAAUUACGGUGCCGGCUCAUUGAGGUUAUCACCGAGUAACUCACACCAACACCAGCACUACGAUCAGCCUCCAUAUGGCCAGCAACACCAAAACCAAUACCAGCAACAACGUCCACAACCACAACCAUCCCAGCAGCAGUAUGAAAACCCACAACAAGCUGACGGUUUUCAACAACGCGAUUUACCUCUAUACAAUCGCAAUGCACACGUGCGUCACUCACCGUCAGCACGACAGACGGAGCGUACGGAGCGGCGCAGAGAGAGCGCUCGAAGCGAAGUAGAGAAUACACUCACAGAUUAUAAUAGUGGCUGUCCGCCACAGCACACCGGGCCGGUGCCUUACCCUUACGAUUGUCGUCGAUUUGUGAAUUGUUGGCAUGGACGCGGUCAUAUACAGAGUUGUGGUCCAGGAACGGUCUUCAAUCCUGAAACUCUUGAAUGUGAUCGUCCCGAUAAAGUUGUCUGCAGCAAUCCAAAUGUGAAUGGCGCACUCCGCGAUGAGCGUCGAGAAACACAAGCAACAGUACAAAGUGCACCACAACAGAAUAAAUAUCGCGCCGGGCGUCUCAUAGAUGCGAGUACAGAUAAUGUGAAUGCUUUAUGUCCUCAGGGUUUGACUGGCUUGGCACCACAUCCCAACGAUUGUACGAAGUUCUUGAAUUGCGCUAAUGGCAAUACGCAUGUUCAGGACUGUGGACCCGGCACUGCAUUCAGUGCCACGAAGAAGGUGUGUGAUUUCAAGGAAAACGUUGAUUGCAGUGGACGCGAAAAUGCCGCUUACGGUACAUUAAAUACUCGUGACGGCCGUCAACACGCCAAUCUUUACAAUGUGGAUAAAAAUAUAGACUACGAGAACAGCGUGAGCAAAGACGAAAUAGAAGGCGAUAUCUUCUGUCCACCUUCCGUAUCCGGUCACUUUCCCUAUCCAUUUGACUAUACGAAAUUUAUAAAUUGCAAAAAUGGCAAAACCGCUAUACAGAACUGCCUACCCGGCACCGUGUAUAGUAUAUCGAAGAAUUACUGCGAACCGGAAGAGAAUGUGCCGCACAUCGAUCGCGUGGCUUAUAUUGUGUCGGAAGUGCGUUAUGAGUACUCUGUUACGAUCGUCAGUUGUCCACCAUCCACCGACGGUCUCCAUCUAUAUCCGUAUGAUUUUAUGAAGCACAUCAGUUGCCGGCAAGGUCAUAUGUGGAUAAUCACUUGCCCCGCAAACACGGUGUUUAGCAUAACUGGCAAGUCGUGCCGUCCUGAAAGUCUAGUGUCUGUCGGCGAUCGCGUGCGUAGUGCCUGGGAACUUCAAUACAGCUCCGAGUAUAGUGAAUCCAGAAGCGCGGCAUUAAACUCUUUGGAUGAGACGUUUGUGUGUCCUUAUGGCCAAUCUGGUCUAUAUCCACAUCCUUUUGAUUGUAGAAAAUAUCUGAAAUGCUUGAAUGGUCAAUUAUCGGUGGAAACGUGUAGACAGGGUGAAGUUUUUAGUUUGUCCUCGAAACAUUGCGAUCCCAAAGAAUUAGUUGGCGUCAAAGAGCAGGUUCCAGCACAAUUCGAUGUCGGCCAGAUUAGUACUUCGGAAUCGAGCUAUGGUUACUCAGCCACAAGCAAUGAAGGAAGCAUACAACUAAUUUGCCCACCACACGUGAACGCCUUUUUCCUACAUCCCUUCGAUUGUACCAAAUACUUGUAUUGCCGCGAUGGGCAAGGCGAAGUAGAGAGCUGCAACUCCGGCAAAGUAUUCAGUAUAUCAAGGAGGGAAUGUGUAAAUCGUAACCAAGUAGACGCUUAUGAUCGCGUGGAAUAUGAAAGCGAGGUUUCGCAUGAGUUCUCAACCGAGUUGGAACCGAGCACAAAUCACGCAUAUGAGCCAAAUUGUGCGGCGGGAGCUAACAGCCUUUACCCACAUCCCACUGAUAGUACAAAGUAUAUAAAAUGCGUUGGAGGUCAGGCAACCAUCGAGCAUUGCAUACCAGGAAUGAUAUUUAGUAAAAUCAGAAAGUAUUGUGACUAUGAGUCACGAGUACAAGAAUAUGAUAGCGAAGCAGGAAAUGGGUACAACGUGCUGGGUGGUACUGACGAGGAUGGGGCAGCUACAGUUACUUUUAGUGGCGGAAAAUCCUCGACUGUGAGUCACCGAACGAAUGUGGAAUGCCCACCAAACUCCGCAGGCAUGCAUCCUCACCCUUAUGACUGCCAUAAGUUUCUGCAGUGUGACAAUGGCGUAACUCACAUCAAAGAAUGUGGACCCGGUACCGCAUGGAGUGUGGAGAUGGAAGUUUGUGACUUUGGUAAGAAUGUAAACUGCAGUGGGCGCAUAGGCUCACGCACAACAUCAUCCGGCAUCCACGUCGAUCAGAAAGUGGCAUGUCCAGCCAACGUGGAGGGCUUCUAUUUACAUCCUUUCAAUGGCUAUCAAUACAUUGAGUGUAAGAAUGGCGGCGAGACGCAGGUACAAGCUUGUCCACCGGGUAGUGUCUUCAGUAUUUCGCGGCAAAUGUGUCUUGCCGAAGAUAAAGUCAAUGCUAAUGAUCAUGCCGUCUGUAUGCAAGAGUAUAGCACAACCGAUAUUAAUGUGCACUAUGACUUCGUCGUCUGUCCGGCGCUUGCAAUGGGCUACUUCAUUUAUCCCUUCGAUGGCUUACUGUUUAUAAAAUGUCAUGCUGGCCACACCAUGAUAGAGAGCUGUGAGCCCAACACAUUCUUUAGCAUUACCAAUAAAAUUUGUAUACCCACGAGUGGAGUUGGCAGCAGUGAUCGUGUGUGGUUAAACACAGGCGAGCAGCGUGUUAGUGAUAGCUACGGUGCUUACAAUCACAAUCGUGAAUGGAGUCUUGUGGACACUGCGGAAGUCGCUACGCCCACUCAAAGCUUUGUACCUUCACCGCAGUAUAACCCUGAGUGCCCAUCAAGCGCAACUGGACUUUACCCACACCCAUCAGAUUGCACCAAAUUCUUGAGAUGUGCGAAUGGUAUAACGCAUAUAAUGGAUUGUGGACCGGGUACGGCUUUCAAUAUCGCGCUUGAAGUAUGCGAUUUUAUAGACAAAGUUGACUGCACUGGACGUGUUGCGGGUUACAAUAAUGAGGCUGCAGGUUUUGACGGAGAUGUUCAGAGCGAAUCUGUAGCAUGCCCUGAGGGCGCUUCGGGCAUGUUUUCUCAUCCCUUGGAUUGCACAAAGUUUCUUAACUGCAACAAUGGCAUAACUAAUGUACAAGACUGUGGCCCUGGCACCGCAUGGAAUGCAAAACUGGAAGUUUGCGAUUUUAUAAAGAAUGUUGACUGUUCGAAGAAUAGCGGACGUAACCCGAAUGCACCUACAGCUCAAGGUGGUCAUGAACAUAACCCUAACACGAAUUACCAAUCGCCACCAUUACCACAGACUAAUUACGGUGAUCAACUACAAAACAAUUGGAAUUAUCGUGGAGAGCAACAAAGCUAUGGAAGCUCCACACAGCAUAGACCAAGUCAUGGUCGACAAAACUAUGGCGAUAACUUGCCAACAACGUCUACGCGAACACCGAAAUAUGGCGAUCGCUGGUCCAACAUGGAUAUGCAGCGUCCGAUACCAAGCGAGCAAACUUACGAUGGCAGAUAUAAUCCAGACUAUGAACGACAACAACGCCUACCCAACUACGGCAAGGAGCUGCUACCGAACCGUGGCGCUAACAGUUGGGUUGGUACGGGCUCAGCAAUUGAUCGGCAAACCCCAACGCAAAGCAUCAUCUACGAGGAGGGCUCACUGCAACCAAAUCGUAAUUAUAAUACUUUCAGCACAUACACCACACCCUUAGCUCCCUUCAACCCUGGCUCGGCUUUGACAAACGAGACUAAACACGUUUAUUACGCACAACCCGUGGGCUCAGAAGAAAACACUGAAGAAGUUUUUGACGACGGCAAAGUUAUGCCACAACCACCAAACAGUUUGCCAUUUAAUAAUCCAAAUGAAAAAGAUUAUGUGCAGUCUCCUUCAAGCAAUUGGGUUCCCAUACCGAAUCAAGUGCUUUUGCCACCAAAACGUACUGAUGAACCCCAUGGCGAUAGGAAUGACUUUCCGUCACAAAAUAUCUUUACGCCUGCUGCAUACAUAACUCCACCACCCAGGCCCACACAUACAAGUAACUAUCCAGUGAUCACUCCCACAGUCCCAAGUCAGCCCAAUUUUGACGCUUCUAAUUUAUUCGGUGGCUUACAACCACCACCACCGCCUACGACUUCACCGAGACCUUUUAACUCUAUUUCGCCACCCGAUAACAGUUUUGUAUUACCAAAUGCAAUAAAGGGACGGCCUACUGGUCGAUCUAUUGAUGAAGUUGAACCCAUUAGAGCUUUCAGCACGAAUGCUCAAGGCAGACCACAUCUACUUUCACCACCUUCCAACAUAAAUGCCUACACAACUGACAUUUCAAUGACCACACCUGCAACUUAUCUUCAGCCACCGGCUUUACCCACGCCUGCAGCCUCAACACGUUUGAGACCAGUACAUAAUUUGCUUGAGAAUACCACUGUAGCCACAUUUUCUAAAGAUCCCCACUACAGUGGUUCUUAUUCAAAUGUAGCUCACGCACAUCGUCCAAAAUCUAUUGAUACUGGAGAUGUACAAACUCCAGAAAAUGUAUUAAUGGCCGAUGCUUUGCGUUUGCUCUUACGUCCCUACUUCAAUCGUAGUGGCACGAUUUCCGAUGAAAACGCCGAACAGGCUGAAUCUCAUAUAAUGAAACUCUCACCCCAUCUACCCACACAUACAGCCGAAUCAACAACAUUACCAAGUAGUUCUAGCAGAGUGCCCAAAGAUGGUGCUGAAAAUGAAAAGGAGGUUGAACUUAUACUUGCAGGUGAACAACACAGUUUGACCACAAUCCCCAUCCAGAACACUACACACGAGACACGUACAGAAUUCUAUUCGAAAAAUACAAAACAAGAAUCAAAGCCGAAUACCAAUUGGCACAAUCACGGUCAUAGCCGAGAAUUCCAUCGCAACCAUCCCAAUUUACUCAAUCCCUUUAAUGAGGACGAACGCCCGAGCCCUCAUACACAUCAUCGGCACAAGCACAAUAGAGCAUAUCAUCAGCGCCAUCCCGAAUUACCAAAUCCAUUUGAAAACCCCGAAGCACCAACGACCAAGACCAAUUAUGAUUUGAGUAAUACGAAUCUACUGAAUCCAUACGCAGAAUCGACCACGCCAUUCAGUGUGAGACCACCUCAAAUCGAUUUGAGAGUUGGAAAUGUAGAUUGCCCCUUUGAUUGUGGUAAUGGCAAAUGUGUGCGAUCGCACGAGGUGUGCAACGGUAUUAACAACUGCGGCAAUCGUAAGGACGAAGAUGAGUGCAAGCAUUUGGGAUACGAAGUGCGUCUUACUGGCGGUGAUAACCCUAAUAUGGGUCGUGUUGAAGUUAAGAUUCUUGGAAAAUGGGGCUAUGUGUGCGAUGACAAAUUCGGCCUACGCGAUGCUGAGGUGGUUUGCCGGGAAUUGGGCUUCAAUUUGGGUGCUAGCGAAGUGCGCGGUUUUUCAUAUUAUCCGCCCACGACUGCGGAUGUAUCCUUUGCUAUGGAUGAAGUUGAAUGCCGUGGCAAUGAAACAUCCUUAAGGGAAUGCGACUUCAAGGGUUGGGGUGUGAGUAAUUGUGGACCAGACGAAGUGGUUGGUGUAGUUUGUAAAGUACCUCAACUCAGGUGUCCCAACAACUAUUGGCUAUGCAGCACCUCCCAAGAGUGCAUACCACCGGCGUUCGUGUGCGACAAUACUCCUGAUUGUGCGGAUAAAUCGGACGAAAGUGAAAGUGUUUGCAAUUCACCCAUUAAAUACCGUCUACAAGGUGGACGCAGUCCGAGCGAAGGACGUCUUGAAGUCAGAUAUCGCGGUGAGUGGGGCUCGGUGUGCGACGAUGAUUUCGGCAUAAAGGAGGCUCAAGUUAUGUGCAACUCAAUGGGAUUUUACGGCACACCAACCUUAGCUAAGAAUACUUAUGGACCUGGCAGCGGUCCCAUUUGGUUGGACCAGGUGUCGUGUUUUGGCAAUGAAACCACACUCGACCAAUGCAAUCACUGGACUUGGGGCGAACACAAUUGCAAUCACACCGAGGAUGUUGGCUUGAAGUGCACGGUGGGCGCUUUACCACGUAAAGUAACCGCAACGCAACAGUCUGAUGAAAGUACUCAGCAAGAGUUGGACGAAACACAGCAACAGUUAGAAGAUAUAGGGCUAUUCUCCGAACAAUGGGAACGAAAGAGUAAAGCGGUGGGUGAACAUAGACGUUGCGGGCAAUUCAAAGAUAUCCUAAUCGACGAAUACGCACAUCCGGAGGAGCGCGUUGUGAAUGGCAGUGUAGCAAAGCGGGGGCACCAUCCUUGGCAGGCGACUAUACGCACGCGCGGCAGGGGCGGCAUAUCGAGUCAUUGGUGUGGCGCUGUGCUAAUCUCGUCACGACAUCUACUAACUGCGGCUCACUGCCUCGCCGGUUAUCCAAAAGGCGCCUACCUCGUACGCAUGGGUGAUCACUAUGCGAAUAUAGCGGAAUCGUCGGAAGUCGACUCGUUCAUUGAGAAUUGGUAUGUACAUGAGAAGUUCCGCGAUGCCACACACAUGAACAAUGAUAUUGCAGUGGUUGUGCUGAAGACGCCGGUGAAAUUUAAUGACUACAUACAACCGGUCUGCUUGCCGAACAAGGGCGCUGCAUUGGCAGAGAACCGCAUGUGCACAAUAUCUGGUUGGGGUUCUAUAAAAUCCGGUGUUUCGACGCCCUCCAAUAUUCUACGCGCUGCUGAGCUGCCAAUUUUGUCCGAUGAAGUUUGCAGACAAAAACAUGUCUAUGGCGGCUCCAUGACGGAGGGUAUGUUCUGCGCUGGCUAUAUGGAUGAGAGCGUCGAUGCCUGCGAUGGCGACUCUGGUGGUCCACUCAUUUGCCAUGACGAUGAUGGCGAAACUUUGUACGGCAUAAUUUCUUGGGGUCAACAUUGCGGCUAUGCGAACAAGCCUGGCGUUUAUGUGCGCGUUGAGAAAUAUGUGGAUUGGAUUCUAGAGAAAAUAAAGUUUUCAAUGCAAAAGGGCUCAUAAUAAGGAGAAAUUAGAUUUUACCGGUUUUUUAUUAUAUUUGUUUUUUGAUACUGUUAUAUACUUAUUAGUUUAGCAAUACUGAAAUUUUCAAGAGAUCUAGAUAAAAUAAAGGGAGAGUAAAGUAAAAUUAUA